GAGACGGAAGAAGCCGCCGCCGCACAGCAGCCGCCUCCUCCUCGUCCUCCUCCUCCUGCCCGGGGCCCGACAUGGCGCUCUGAGCCCAGCCCCGGCCGCGCAGAGAGCCGCCACCCGGGGAGCACCGAGCAGCCGCCGUCCCCGCUUCGGGAGCGGGAAGGGGGGCAUGGGCAGGGCCGCCGCGGGGAGCCCGGCGGGCAUGGCAGAGCGGCGCUAGGGGACCCCUUCCCGCCCGCGUCGCGCAGCUCGGCCCCGGCCCCGCGGCCCCAGCGAGGCCCCGCCGCCGCCCAGCAGCAGGGAGGCCGAGAGGAGGGAGCAGCGGGCGGCGCCCGGCCGCCGCAGCCCGCCAUGGCCCACUCGCCCGUGGCGGUGCAAGUGCCCGGCAUGCAGAAUCAUAGAGCAGACCCAGAAGAAUUAUUCACAAAACUGGAACGCAUUGGGAAAGGCUCCUUUGGUGAAGUCUUUAAAGGAAUUGAUAAUCGGACACAGCAAGUGGUUGCUAUAAAAAUCAUAGACCUCGAGGAAGCAGAAGAUGAAAUAGAAGAUAUACAGCAAGAGAUAACUGUUUUAAGUCAGUGUGAUAGUCCUUACGUAACGAAAUACUACGGAUCAUAUUUAAAGGGCACAAAACUAUGGAUAAUAAUGGAAUACUUGGGUGGAGGAUCAGCUUUGGAUCUUCUUCGUGCUGGGCCUUUUGAUGAGUUCCAGAUAGCUACUAUGCUAAAGGAAAUCCUGAAAGGUCUUGACUACCUGCACUCAGAGAAGAAGAUUCACAGGGAUAUAAAAGCUGCCAAUGUCUUGUUAUCAGAGCAAGGUGACGUUAAGCUUGCUGAUUUUGGAGUUGCUGGGCAGUUGACGGACACGCAAAUUAAGAGGAAUACCUUUGUUGGAACUCCAUUUUGGAUGGCCCCUGAAGUUAUUCAGCAGUCAGCAUACGAUUCCAAAGCUGACAUCUGGUCAUUGGGAAUCACUGCUAUCGAACUAGCCAAAGGGGAGCCACCCAACUCUGAUAUGCAUCCGAUGAGAGUUCUGUUUCUCAUUCCAAAAAACAAUCCUCCAACUUUAUUAGGAGAAUUCAGUAAACCUUUUAAAGAGUUCAUCGAUGCAUGUCUCAAUAAGGAUCCAACAUUUCGCCCUACAGCAAAAGAACUCCUGAAGCACAAAUUCAUUAUGAAAAAUGCCAAGAAGACUUCAUACCUGACAGAGCUAAUUGAUAGGUUUAAGAGAUGGAAAGCAGAGGGACAUAGUAGUGAUGAGAGUGAUUCCGAUGGUUCUGAUUCGGAAUCAAGUAACAAAGAAAACAACUCUCAUCCGGAGUGGAGCUUUACUACAGUUCGGAAGAAACCGGAUGCAAAGAAGCUGCAGAAUGGGACGGAUCAGGAUCUUGUUAAAACCUUGAGUUGUUUAACUAUGAUAAUCACUCCUGUCUUUGCUGAGCUCAAGCAGCAGGACACAAAUAAUGCUAGCAGAAAGAAGGCAAUUGAGGAACUUGAAAAAAGCAUCAAUAUGGCAGAAGCAACAUGUCCAGGGAUCACAGAUAAGAUGGUGAAGAAACUUAUGGAGAAAUUUCAGAAAUUUUCUGUUAAUGACUCAUCCUAAGAAACUUCACAUAAAUUGACUGCUGUUUCGUGUGGACCCAGUGAAACCCACCAAAACUACUUCAAGCUUGGCAGUGCUUAGCUCAUGAGCUCCUUGUGCCUUUUGGAUCUUUGCAACAUAUUGAUGGUGAUUUGAGGAUUUGAAAGAACCUACUCAACUAUUUUGUGGCAGUGCACAUGGUUUUAUAUUUUCAGGAAAUUAUUUUGUAAAGAACAACUUUUAAUAUUGUAGUUUCACCUGUUUAAUCUGAUAAAAGCUGAGGUGCAGUUUUGCUUUUAGAAAUAACCAUUACUUUAGUUAAUAGAAAGUGCGAGUACAGUAUGUUUUGAUGCUAUUUUGUUCCUGUACACAGGGAUGUACAGGUCUUUUGUAUUCAUGAGUUGAACUUUUGUAAAUCACUAACAAGCUUCAGAGAAAAUAGCUUUUUCACGAGCGUAUUCAAAACGUAGUGGCAAGGUUAUUGCUGUAGCACCUGCUUCGACCAGCAUAUAGUUAUCGUGCCCUGGAAAACAAACCUGCAACAGUAUCUACUAUGAUUCUAAAUUGGUACAGUAUUUUAGGCAGCUCUAUGAUUAAAUAUAUUUGAGAGCAAUAUGUCAAUAGUUUGCAGGUGAUAUGUAGCAACAGGUAUAUCCUGAUGUACAGUAUAUGUAUUACCUUUUAGAACAAGUAGUAACUCAAUCUUACAUCAUCGUGGAAGGAAAAAUUAAAGCAAUACAGUUGAGGGGGUGGGGCUUUUGGCAAUAAUGGACGAAACCUGAAGUCCAAUUUAAUUUAAUGUUUCUCCUCUGACUAUAUAUACCUGGGUGGAAGGGAGCCAGAGAAGCCGAGCGUCGCAUGAUACAUACCUCACAAGCAGGUAUAAGCGUAACACCAGCGUUCUUUGUGGUGGUGUUGUUUCUCCUGUAAGAUAUUUAUACACGUUUUUGUUCUUAAAUACAUUAAAUACAGUACAUCAACAUAAUUUGUUUAUAAUUUUCUGGAAGUGUAUUUUAAAUAUGUAUUUACCAGUUAAUAUGCAAAGAGCUGAGUUAUAGAUAUUCUUUCACAAACAGGUAGUACUGUGCAGUACGGAGUGAUUUUUUUCAUAAAAAGUAGGUAAGACUAUAAAGUUGCUUUCAGUUAUAUAUUUAUGGUACUGCUAGGUGGGUAAUCUCUUCUGUUUUGUUUUGGUUUUGUUCUUUUUCUUUUCUUUUUCAACCCAGUAUGUAUAUUAUGCUGAAGUUUUGAACUGGGAUUGUUUUUCAGUACUUAGCUGUGGAACUGUUGGUGUAAAUUUAUUUUUUGAUAAAGGCUGGGUGUGUUUAUUUUAUGGUUCAGACCUGCACAUUUUGUUUUUGCACAAAAGUCAUUUUAAAGGAUCUGAAAUAUAUCUGCCAAAUAUUGAAAAAGUAAUGGUGUGCAAGUAAAUACUGCAUUUUUAGUCAAAUGUUGCCAUUACAUCGUUUUUAUAUAAAGGACACUUGUGAGAGAUGGUGGUUAGAUAUGCCAAGGACAAUUAUUUUCAAUGGUGCCUACACUGUAUAAAAAAAAAAAAAGAAAUUACUUUUAAUUCCUUGUUUUAAUUUUAAGAAAGUGUUUCUGUUUAAAACUUUCAUCUGCUAUAUAACUGAAAUUCGAUUAGAAUUUAUAUCUGAGAAACAAAGUCUGGAAAUAGUUUUUGAAAACAAUAAUGUUAUGGAUUAAAUAAAUAUUUUUAUAAAUGUAAAAGCAGCAGAAGUUGUAAAUACAGUUGAUCUGAAGCUUUACAGAAUAACUGCAUCACAGAAACAAAUUGUAGUGCUCCUCUAGCUUCUGUAGUUGUUAGUCUUGUAAAUCUGUUUAUAGAUGAAGCUUAUUUCAAUGUUUUGGGGGGUUUUAAAUGGUUUAAAAAUAAAUAUUUAAGUUCUGUAAACUUUCA